UUGGAUCAAUCGCAGUUGGCGCUGGUGUCGGAUUGUCAGAGAAAAACAAAGUGAGCAGGAAAUUUUUAUUUGGCCAAAAACUUGGAAAAUCUUCAGUAAAAUGUCCUAUUUUGGACUGGACAAGGUGUCCAAGUUGUUCAGGAUUAUCCAGCAGAAUGGUGGCAUCCGGGCGAGUCUGUACAAACUCUACAGGAUGGAUGACUUGAAGGAGGGACGCCUUGUCGGUGUGGACAAGUAUGGCAACAAAUACUUUGAGAAUCCCUAUUUCUUCUACGGAAGAAAUCGCUGGGUAGAGUAUUCCCCUUCCUUUGGCCUAGAAUACGACGGAUCCCAAAUCCCAGCUGAAUGGUUCGGCUGGAUGCACUACAAGACGGACUUGCCGCCAGAUCGCGAUGGUUCCCGGCCAAAGUACAAAUGGAUGGUAGAUCAUUCUGAGAAUAUGUCCGGAACUCCGGGACAGUACAUGCCCUACACCACAACUCGACCCAAAAUUGAGGCAUGGGACCCGAAGAAGCAGUAGUGUCCAAAAUGGAAUUGUUAGGUAAUGCCUUCCCGACUUCUUUUUUGUUAUUUAGAGAACAAUAAAAAAAAAACUCCCUGAAAAAAAAACCAA